AUGGGAUCGACGCGAUCCCAGAUCUUCUUUAUCGCUCUGGAAACAAAUAGUAUCACCAUGGUGUAUACACGUAACGACGACCCCCAUAGUCGGCAUGUUCUCCAGCAAUCGUGUCCAUUGACUCCAUACACAGCUGGCCUCUUGUCGAAUGAUGACACAGGUCCAGGCGGUCAUGCGCCCGCGGAUGCCUUGCCGGCGUCAUAUCGCGACCGGGGUCAUGCUCUUUCUUCCUUGGAUGAAGGAAUCGUUGACAAGGAGCUUGAUCUGUCGCGGUUGGAUAGUGUCGCGCGAUUGCUAUGGAUUACCGGAAGGUUGAUGCCACCGCGACCAUUGCAUCAGCAGCUAUGCAUGGGACGCGAGGUUGUGCUCAUGGAACAGACUGACAUGCAUCUUGUCUGGGAAGCAGGGAGGAUAUAUCUGAAGCCUUUGCCCCGAUACCUGCUUUACCCUGCUUUCUGGGAGAAGUAUUUCUGUUCCGCAUCCUAUUGCGCCUGUUACAGCGACGAUCCCGAACGCAUCGUGCACCAGCGCACAACGCAGGAUGGGCACCCACUGCGGAAUAAACCAUGCAGACAGCGCAAGGUGGCCAUGGGGUUUCUGUACUCUUACGUCGCGCUCAUUCAACAUGAAUCAGACUUCCACAUUGCCCAAGACAAACGGCUCCUUCCUGCCGACAUAACCUGGCCAUCCUGGAGGCAGCUUGUGCACGAGAUGCUGGAAUAUCCAGACAUCUACAAGCACAUGGACUAUCGCUUCUGGUACGGCGAGAUGCGUCUGAGCAGGCUCAACAAGCUAUUCUACCUAUGGCAGACGCCGGGGAGAUACUAUUCGACGCGCUGGCAGCAGUACAGUACAUUCUUUGGCGAGACAUUUGCGUACCUGGCGGCCAUGACGGUGUACAUUGUGGUGGCCCUGACUGCCCUGCAGCUUGGAAUCUCGACCAAGCUGCUGGAGAACAGCACGUCGUUUGACAGGGUGUCUGCGGGCUUCGCCGUCUUCUCCAUCGUUGGACCGUUUGGCGUCGCUUUUGGGUUGUUUCUGGUGUUUCUGUACUUUUUUCUUGACAACUACCGCGCAACUCUGCGCUUUCGCGAUAUGCGAUUGGGCAUCAUCAAGAACGGUUGA